AUGGACAACACCAGUUCACUUUAUCAAGUCGAACUUAAACUAACAUCUGAUAAUGAUCAACAACUUUCUGCAUUAACCAGCCGUAUUCGACAGGAGGCUAUGGGUCCCACACAAUGGGCACGAUUGGGUAACUUACUGCUCAGAAUUGGUCAAUUUGACAAAGCAGAAGAAUUGUAUCAAGUAUUGCUAGAGCAAGCGGCUUAUGACAGUGACAAAGCCCAUUAUUUUCAUCAGCUUGGAUAUAUCAAAAGCCACCAAGGUAAUUAUGAAAAAGCUAUUUGGUAUUACGAAAAAGCACUCGAAAUUAAACAGGAAGCUCUUCCUCCAAGUCAUCCUUUGUUGGCCACUUCUUACUACAACCUUGCUUCCGUGUAUGACAACCUGGGGGAGUACCCAAGAGCACUUUCAUUGUACGAAAAAGCACUUGAAAUUCAGCAAAUAUCUCUUCCUCCAAAUCAUCUCCAUUUGGCUCAAUCCUACAACAAUAUCGGUUUGGUGCAUUAUAAUCUAGGAGAGUACUCAACCGCACUUUCCUUUUUCGAAAUAUCACUUGAAAUCUUUGAAAAAAUUCUUCUUCCAAAUCAUCCCUUAUUGGCUACUUCCUAUAGCGGUAUUGGUGGAAUAUAUCACACCAUGAAAGAGUACUCAAAAGCGCUUCAAUUUUACGAAAAAGCGCAUGAAAUCUUAAAAAAAACUCUUCCUCCUAAUCAUCCUUCAUUGGCUGUUUCCUACAACAACAUCGGUGGAUUGUAUAACAACAUUAAAGAGUACUCGAAAGCACUUUCGUUUCACGAAAUAGCACUUGAAAUUCAACAAACAGCUCUUCGUUCAAAUCAUCCUGAUUUGGCUACUUCUCACAACAAUAUUGGUCAAGUGUAUCUAAACAUGCGAGAGUACAUGACUUCACUUUCGUUUUUCGAAAUAUCACUUGAAAUUUUUGAAAAAACUCUUUCUCCAAAUCAUCCUACUUUGGUUACUUCAUGUAGCAACAUUGCUUCGGUAUAUGAACACAUGGGAGAGUACUCGAAAGCACUCUCCUUUUAUGAACGUGGUCUAAGAAUUGCACAACUUUCACUACCUUUGAAUCAUCCUAUUCUUCAAGAUUUGAGAGAGAGUAUUCGAAUUCUAAAAAUGAAAUUGUGA